AUGUUUAACCGUUUAAUACUCUUGGCCGCGGUUUUCGCUUUGGGAAGUGGCGUCGUGAAUGCCCAUGGUUCUCACGGAGACGACCAACCUCCUUCCAAUGACUGGGCCACGAGGCACAUGUCGGAGGAGCACCAUAUCGGCUCUUUCGAUGCUCCAUCCUUCUUUACGCUCCAUGACUACGACAACUCAGGCACUUGGACAUUCGACGAAGUUCGCAAGACCUACGGCACCGAUCACGAAACCAACAAGGGCUUGAGCGAAUCGCAAAAGUCAGAGGCCGUCCGUAAGGUGUUUGACCUCUUUGAUCCUGGAAAUACUGGCUUCAUCGCACGCGAGGACUUCAUCAAGGCAAUCAAUGCUGGUACACGCUUGCCUGAUGUUGGACUUGGACCUGGACAUCACGGUGACAUUGAGUACGAAUACGAGAUCCACCAUUUUGAGAAGUACCACGGCGACGACGCAACGGAGGAGGAAUUGACGCACCCUGAGGAUAUAGAGCAUUUCCGCCAACAUGACGAGGAAGAACUUGCGCAGCUCCGUGUUGAGAAAUUGGAGGAGUUACAGAUCGUGGAGGCUAUGAUUCCGCCAAAGUUCCGUCGCAAUUAG